AUGGACUUGAAGCCUCAGGAGCUGGUGGCCUUGGCCAAGUUCAUCCUGGGCAAGUUCUUUGCGCUGGCGGCCACCAACAAAAAGGCCUUUGUGGAGCUGCUCUUCUGGAAGAACCCGACAGCCGUCUACGAGAUGACCAAGGGCUACAGCUCCCUGCAGGAGGGAGAGGGGGCUCCCAGGAGCCGGGUGCCCCCCUGGACCCCCCAGGAAGAGCAGGAGCUGCGGGAGCUGUACUGGAAAUACAAGGAAGUGGAAGGUGAGGAUGUCAUCGCUGCCAUCCUGGCCCAUCUCCCGACUCCCGGGCGGACGCGGAGGCAGGUGGUGAAGCAGCUGGUGCAGAUGGGGCUGGCCAGCAGUGCCAGGGACUUCCCACGGGAGAGGAAGGGCACCCGCAUCGUGCUGUGGACUCAGGAGCAGGAGGAGGAGCUGACGCGGCUCUUUGAGGAAUUCCAGGGCUCGGAUGAUGUCCUGGGGAACAUCAUGAAGCACCUGACGGCGCGGCGGUCGCGGGCUCGGGUGGUGGAGAAGCUGCUGGGGCUGGGGCUGGUGUCGGAGCGCAAGGAGCUGUACAAGAAACGCCGGAGAAAGAGCCACGGCCACGGGAUGGCUGCCGCCGGUGUCCCGGGUGUGCCAGCCCAGGACAGCUCAGCAGAGGAUGAGGACAGCGAGGAAGAGGAGGAGGACGAGGAAGAUGAAGUGGAGGAAGGCCCCAUGGAGGAGAACUGGGCACCCGAGGAAGGGGCUGGGCAGGGCCUGGCUCAGCAUCUGCAUCAGGAAGGCCUGGCCGGGCCCCUGCGGUGGCUGGAGAACUGUCUGAGGAGGGCGGCAGGGGACCGAGAGGAGGACGGCGUGUCCCACCCGGUGCCGCUGGUGCCGCUGACGGAGGAGAACGAGGAUGCCAUGGAGGAUCGGCGCUUCCAGAGCCUGCUGCGGCAGCUGGGGCUGCGGCCCCCCACCAGCGAGCAGGAAUCCUUCUGGCGCAUCCCAGCUGCCCUCACCCCGCAGCAGCUCCGACGCGCGGCCGCCUCCGUCGCCCACCACGGCCCCGACCCCUCAGGGUCCCCCCGGGACCUGCCUGGGCCACCCAAGUGCCCCCAGGACCCAGGUCCAGGUGAGGGGCCGGGCUGGGGGUGUGGGACCCUCACCAGUGGGGACGGCCCCGAGCCCCUCUCCUUGUGCCCCCCAGCAGAACAGCUGCCGGCAGAGCUGGGAUCAGACUCGGAGAGUGAGGAGCCGGUCCCCGUCCCCAGCCCGGUGCAGUCGGGCACCAAGAGGCGUCGGGAGCUCGACAGUGAGGAUGAGGACGGUGGGAGCUCGGGUCCCAGGCUGGCCCCUGCAGCCCCCUGCUCUGAGGAGGAUGAGGAGGACGAGGACCCACAGCCCCGGGGGAGGCGGAAGCGCGUCCGCUGCCUGGAGGAGGAGGAGGAGGAGGGUUGAGGGGCUUCCCUUGUCUGCCAGGCCCAGGCCCUGGGCUGUUUUCUGGGGUUUCUGCAGGUUUUCUGCGGGUUUUGAUCCUGUUUUUAAGGGCUGCACAAGCAACCAGUUGCUGCCCCUCCAUCCCCUUCCCCUGGUGUCUUCAUCUCCCUGUUUUGCCCCAAACUCCCGUUUUUCUCAGCUGUUUGGGUUUGUUUUCCUUUUAAACCUUUUGAAUCUGGACAGGGCCCAAAUAAACAAACGUGACUCUUG